ACACUCUGCGGCAACGCCCGCAACCCCAUGAAGUUAAUCUCUUCCGGGAUUGGCAUCUUGACGCAGCUUGAAGCUUCCAUCUCAUCCCCUCCGAAGUUGGAAAGUCUUGCACCAUUCGUAUCCGUCUUUAUACGACUAGACUCGUACAUGAAAGAGAACACCACACACAACCAGGGCCGCCUGUAUUCAGGCAUAUCAGACCAUGCCCAUCAUCAUUCAACAGUCUCAGAGAGGCAAACAGACAUCUCGAAACUCUGGAAAAUCUCUGUCUGUUCGUGGCUGAGCAACAAGGGGAACCACGGGACGCCCAGAACAAAAUGCCGACUCGGACUUCCUGCCAGAGCAUGUAUGAGGAAUGGCUAGAGGCUUUCAACGCCAGCUCCAUCUGUACAGAUGAUGAGAAGUCUCAUGCACUGCUUCAUAUUCGGCGACUGGAUGUUUAUUUGACUGUUCAUGGGCCAGAAGACACUGGCACCCAGUCCGAUUGGGAUUACUUUCUUCCAGAAUUCAUCGAACUGCUCACACAUGCCGCUUCAGCAGUGGCCGCAUCGAACAAGAGCGCAUCUCAUUGGCUACAUACAUCGUUCGUUCUAGGCGGCGGUUUCAUCAUGCCACUAUGCAGACUUGCUCUGCGAUGUCGGCACCCAAGCACGAGACGAGCCGCGAUACACAUACUACGCGGUUCCCGUCGUCGGGAUGGUCAUUUAGAAGGGAAGCUAGCCGCGCGGGUCCUGGAGCGUAUCGUGGACGUUGAGGAAAAUGGGUCAGGUGAGAUUACCGAGUGCCGUGACGUUCCCGAGGCAGCUCGGGUUGCUGGCGUGUUGGUCAAAUUUUCGGGCGGAAAGGGGAGGGCGAGACUGACGUAUUCUCGUGCUGCUGGCCCGAAAGACGAGCGAGCAUUGGUCGAAGAGGAGCUUUCGGGAGGGUCACAUUUCCGAGGGGAUUAACACUUGUCUUUUUUCUUAGAG